CAGCGCAGCUAACUCAGAAUCGACUUGAACCGCCAAGAUGGAGGUUCUUUGCAAGUUUUUGACGCUCUGCUUGCUGCUCGUCGGCGCUCAGGCGUUCACGAAAUCGGCGGAGAGUUCCAAGGAGCUGGUCUGGCAGUCCUUGCUCUUCGAUGCCGUGACUGGCAACCUGCAGGAGCCGCAGGCCGAUGAGCUCGUCGAGUUCGACGAGUGCACUGCCCUCUACACCGUGGACAACAUUGCCAUUCUGCUGACGGCUGGCUACAAGAUCCAACGCUGCAACAAUGUGUACUCCAGGGAUAUCAACAGGUACUUGCAACGCGAGGACGCCAUCUACUCGAAGUAUUCCUUCGAACGCGAGUUGAUUGGCUGCGCACUGCGUAAUUCGGAGCGCCACACCCGCGAUUGCUACGUGGAUGCCGUCCUGAAUCUGUUCAGCUCGGUGAACCGCAAUCGGUACGAUGUUCGUCGCCGAAGGGCCUGCAUUCUGCGGGAAUUCGAGAGGGCUGCCAUCAAGUUGGAGGCUGCCUCUUCCGAAUUAGCCGACUGCCUCGCCCAGGUGCAGCCACUCCCGCCCCAGAAUAGCACCCUGCCACCACCUCAGAACACCACCGCCGGCGGUCCGGGAUGGAACACCACCCAGUGGCCCAACACGAACACCACUCCCAACUUCACCACCACUACUACUGAAUUACCAUGGUGGGGAAACAACUCAACGCAAGGUCCGUGGCUAAAUACCACUACCGAAGGUCCGUGGUGGGGAAACAACUCAACUCAAGGUCCAUGGGGAAAUAAUACUACCGAAGGUCCAUGGUGGGGAAACAACUCAACUCAAGGUCCUUGGGGAAACAACACCACUCAAGGUCCAUGGGGAAAUAAUACUACCGAAGGUCCCUGGUGGGGAAACCACUCAGCACGGGGUCGAUGGGGAAACAACACCACUCAAGGUCCAUGGGGAAAUAAUACUACCGAAGGUCCAUGGUGGGGAAACAACUCAACUCAAAGUCCAUGGGGAAACAACACCACUCAAGGUCCAUGGGGAAAUAAUACUACCGAAGGUCCCUGGUGGGGAAACAACUCUACUCAAGGUCCAUGGGGAAACAACACCACUCAAGGUCCAUGGGGAAAUAAUACUACCGAAGGUCCAUGGUGGGGAAACAACUCAACUCAAAGUCCAUGGGGAAACAACACCACUCAAGGUCCAUGGGGAAAUAAUACUACCGAAGGUCCCUGGUGGGGAAACAACUCUACUCAAGGUCCAUGGGGAAACAACACCACUCAAGGUCCAUGGGGAAAUAAUACUACCGAAGGUCCAUGGUGGGGAAACAACUCAACUCAAGGUCCAUGGGGAAACAACACCACUCAGGGUCCAUGGGGAAAUAAUACUACCGAAGGUCCCUGGUGGGGAAACAACUCAACUCAAGGUCCAUGGGGAAAUAACACCACUCAGGGUCCAUGGGGAAAUAAUACUACCGAAGGUCCCUGGUGGGGAAACAACUCAACUCAAGGUCCAUGGGGAAACAACACCACUCAAGGUCCAUGGGGAAAUAAUACUACCGAAGGUCCAUGGUGGGGAAACAACUCAACUCAAGGUCCAUGGGGAAACAACACCACUCAGGGUCCAUGGGGAAAUAAUACUACCGAAGGUCCAUGGUGGGGAAACAACUCAACUCAAGGUCCAUGGGGAAACAACACUACUCAGGCUCCUUCGGGAAACAACACCACUCAAGGUCCUUGGGGAAACAAUAGCACUCAAGGUCCGUGGGGAAACAAUACCACUCAAGGUCCUUGGGGAAAUAACACCACUCAAGGUCCUUGGGGAAACAACACCACUCAAGGUCCGUGGGGCAACAAUACCACCCAAGGUCCUUGGGGAGGAAACUCGACCCAGGGACCCAGCUGGAACUCCACCCAAGGUCCGUGGCAAGGAAACUCAACGCGGGGCCUCUUGAGCACCACCGAAGCUCCCUGGGAGAGCACCACCACCACCGCGUCGAGCGAAACCACCACCGAGGAAAACUGGUUCGAUCACCUCCUGGGCCAGAUUGGAUCCCUCUUCUAGACCGGAAAAGCCGUAAUCUAAGCUUUGGGCGAGCAAAAAUAAAUAAAUAAACCUAUCAGCAUUGAAAA